GUGGCAAAAGGAAAAAGCAACCAGAAGCAUAAGCAGAACCCUAAGUCCUAACCCUAACAGAGGAAGAGGUAGCAGAAGCGAAAAACAGUUACAGAAACUCACAACACAAGAUGAGGCCGAUUUUGAUGAAGGGCCACGAGAGGCCAUUGACUUUCCUAAAAUAUAAUAGGGACGGCGACCUCCUCUUCUCUUGCGCCAAGGACCACAAUCCCACCGUCUGGUUCGCCGAUAACGGAGAGAGAUUGGGAACCUACCGUGGUCACAACGGCGCCGUCUGGUGCUGCGACGUUUCACGUGACUCCACGCGUCUUAUUACAGGCAGCGCUGACCAGACCGCCAAGCUCUGGAAUGUUCAGACCGGCCAGCAGCUCUUUACAUUCAACUUCGAUUCCCCGGCCAGGUCCGUUGACUUCUCCGUCGGUGACAAGCUCGCCGUCAUCACCACCGACCCCUUCAUGGAGCUCACAUCCGCUCUUCAUGUCAAGCGCAUUGCCAGGGACAUCUCCGAUCAGACUGCGGAGUCUUUGCUUGUUCUUAAGGGGCCUCAGGGAAGGAUCAACAGAGCUCUAUGGGGACCGUUGAAUAAGACCAUUAUUAGCGGCGGAGAAGAUGCCAUUAUUCGCAUUUGGGAUUCUGAGACUGGAAAACUGCUCAAAGAGUCGGAUAAGGAAUCCGGACAUAAGAAGACGAUAACAUCACUUGUCAGAUCUGUUGAUGGUUCACAUUUUCUCACUGGCUCCCUCGACAAGUCUGCCAAGCUCUGGGAUACAAGAACGUUGACACUUAUCAAAACUUAUGUGACUGAACGCCCAGUGAAUGCAGUUGCAAUGUCACCUCUUCUUGAUCAUGUGGUAAUUGGAGGUGGUCAGGAUGCAUCAGCUGUUACAACUACUGAUCAUAGAGCUGGGAAAUUUGAAGCCAAAUUCUUUGAUAAGAUUCUUCAAGAAGAAAUUGGUGGUGUUAAAGGGCAUUUUGGACCAAUUAAUGCAUUAGCCUUUAACCCUGAUGGGAAAAGUUUUUCAAGCGGAGGUGAAGACGGUUAUGUACGGUUGCAUCACUUUGACCCAGAUUAUUUCAAUAUCAAAAUAUAGGCUUCACAAGAGUAAUUUUUUAUAUUGGCUGCGGAUAGUAGAAUUUAGCCUUCAAUUGCUUUCAUAGCAAUUAAAAUGGCAAUGUGGUUUCGAAAGCCCAUCCAUUGUAAUGAAGAUAUACUUUAAAUUUUGAUCCAUGUUUUGAUUAUUAAACUAAAAUUAAGAGUUAUGAAAAAUCUUGUGCAA